AUGACGACCGACAGUAAACUCACGGUCGAGGCGGGUCGAUUUUUUAAUGCCAUGCACGGGGGUUUGGAGGUGCGUCGCAGGGUGAAGAGCGUCGCCAGCCGGCGGUGGAAGGAGGCGAUGGUGGUGGAGCCUGUGAGGGGUAGAUUUACGUUGGAGGAGGAUUACUUGUUGCUGUCCAAGAUUGCAGAGUUGGCACAUCGUGAAGGUUACAUCCAGCAGCUGAAUAUAGAUGAGUACGGAGUUGCCGAUCCCGAACGCAACGAGCCCGACGGUGACGAGGCCGACCGUGACGAGCCCGACCGUGACGACCUCUACGAGCAUCAACUCGCAGAGUACAUGAAUGCGAGCCAAGACGUUUUGGAUCGUAGCCCCGAAGACUGGGAGCUCAUGGAUGUCGAGAUGGACGUACAAGUACAAGUGGAAUCGGGACCGGAAUCAGGACCAGGACCGAAAUCAGGACCAGGACCGGAAUCAGGACCAGGACCGGAAUCAGGACCAGGACCGGAUUUAGAAGCGAAGCCGAAGUCAGGGCUAGGCGAUACGCAGGAGACCCAAGCUCCUGAUACGCAGGACGCGGACACGCAGGACGCGAAUACGCCUUUAACGGCUGCUUCAGACACGUCCAGCGGGGGUGCUAGCGACGAAUAUAAGACGAGCUCGCUCGUCCAGGGGUUAUUGACGGAGACGCCGAGGGGCGACUCAGCAGACAGCUCGGCAGGAUAUUCGCUGGCGGGCAAAGCUGAAGCCCCUGCCCAUGGAGACGGCUUGCCGCCUGUGAGUGCUUCGAUUUUCUUCCUCGACGAAGCAGAUAAUCUCCAGGAGGUCGGAGACAAGGAGCUGCAUGUCGGAGACAGGGAGCUGGAGGUCGGAGACAAGGAGCUGGAGGUCGGAGACAAGGAGCUGGAGGUCGGAGACAAGGAGCUGGCCAAGAGUGACAAGGACCUGACUCCGGUGGCCACCCGAUCGUCGGGACUGGUAGUCCCGUCGAGUUCGGAAUUAAUGAAUCGACCGGCGAAGUCUUUCAAGACGGGGGUUGAGGCGAGUGAUGGGGGGGUGUGUUUACGAAGUACUAAACAAAUCGAUAUAUUAGGUCCUGCUGGUCACGCUUCACGUUUGCGUGGUCGUGUGGAGAGGUUGAAAAGUUUGGAAGGAGUGCAGCGUUUCCUGAAGGAAUUAUUGUUUUCGCGUAAGUCUGAGCAUUGGCCAGCAGUGUUGGGUGUUUUGCCUGAGAGGCAGGCACCAUCGAUUGUGCAGAGACUGAAGGCGAGUUUAUACGUGUGGUCACGCACACACAGUUCAUGGACUGAGGUUGAGAAGUUACAUCUCAUCGGUUUAGUACAAGAGUAUAAUCGUGAUCGGAUACGACAGGGUCAACGGUUGAACUGGUUGAGUGUGAGUGCUAAGUUGGGUCGAUCACCUCGACAAUGUUGUGAUACAUACCGAUUAAUGGAUAGUAGUGGGUAUGUGGAAGCUGCUCUUGAGUCGGGAGUCCUGGAGCACGUUUUGGACGGCGACGAACUACGGCCUGCUCUCACUCUCGACACCGAUGUCUGUGAAAUCUUCCCCAAAUGGGCUAAACAUCAUAAUGGCUCACUCUUCGGUAGUCGUGGAGGCGCUGCACGAAAACGGAAUCUAUGGACCGAUGAAGAAUCAGACUUCCUUUGCCAACUGAUUGAGGAAGCCACCGGAUCCAAAACUGCCUUGCAUCAAAUUCCAUGGACCGCCCUAAGCCACAAAUUCCCAUACAAAGAAGGCGCACCAAUCCGCACGCCACAGGCACUUGUCGAACGCUGGUACAGCAUCUGCGCUCGACGUGCUAAACUACCCACCGCCGUCAGACAAAGAGCCGUUAUCCGCUACCUAUGGAGCCUUGCUAAACAAACCAUUCUCAACUAUAAAGCGCACGUCCGACAAACUAACCGAUCUAAUGACCCGAAGGUCGCAGGCACGAAUCCACCUAAUGCCCGCCCGGCUAACGACGAGCUGGCUGACAUUUUCGCGUUGGACUGGAGGGAAAUUGACUGGUCAUGGAGCAUUCCCUGGUGGCCAAGGUUGAAGGCUCAGUUAACGGCCAAGCGUUUGAUUUUGAAGGAACUUCAAUUAUCAGCCAAACGUUACUGGGACCUAAUUCUGAAAGACCAUCGAUGGGUCCGUGUUGUCCGCGUGCUCUAUAUCAAAAUGAAGUGUGCUCAAUAUGUCUCACAUGAUAACAAAAUGAUGCAAGUACACUUGGAUGAAUUAAUCAAAAUUUCCGAGCAACCUGGUCUCGCAAUCGAAAACGAAAGUCCAUUACAACCAUUGGAUACACGCAUCAGCUUCGUGCGCAAGUUUCUGCGCAAUCAAUCAUCACGACGACCUGUCAUACAAGAUGCUGAAGGUGAAGGAGAAGACUAUCUCAUGAACUCUCUAUUCAAUUUUUUAGCGACCAAAUAA